AGAUACAGAUAAAGUCUUGUGUUGGUCUCUGCAGUUUAAAAUUCACCACAGGUGUGCUUAGUCCCUCCCUUGGGUCUGUCAGGGCUGGGCAGAACCUGUGAACAGUGCAGGUCAGCUUUUACCAGCUGCUGCUGACAGGGAAAGAUGGGGCCAGUAUACACCUAUAAAUAUGGUAAACUUGAUCUAAUGAAAAAAUGCAUUUAAGGCCAAGGAAAGUAAAUAUUAAUUCAAUACUAGUGUUUAGUAGAUCCUGUUUUAUUUGCUUUAGUUACAGGAAGUAACUCAAUAAAACCAGACUGGGGAUUUCAACUGCAUAAUAGGAUAAUAACUGUUAUAAAUAAUUUAGCACUGAAAACGACUAACUCUGCCAGCACAGCUUGCAGCACUUUUAAAACCUAUGUUUGUGAAAGGCAGUCAUUUAGCAGUAGUGGCAGACUGCAGUCAACAUUUUGUUGUUCCUAAAAUUAGGCACUUAACCUAUUUAUGGAUAUUGAGAUAGAACAGGGCUGUGGCCUUUGAAAGCUGCUCUGACCAUGUGUCUUCAUUGAAGGAAUCCUGUAGUAUUUGAUCUCUCAAAAGUGAGCGAGUGUGGAAGUCAGCUUAGGCAAAGUUUCUAAUAUUUGCGUAAAAUUCCAUUAUCAAAAUGUAACAUUUUAAUGGAUUUAUUCUAUGAUGACUAAAUUCUAAACACAAUAAUUUAUAACUAAUCCUAUUAACUUGCUGCUGGAAUUUUUUGCCUUGAAAGUGUAUUAAAAUUUUACCCUGUUUUAAUUAGUGACUUGAUCUCUAUUUCUUACAGGAAUUCAAACCUGAUUUCUCAGUAAUUGCUGUUUAUUGUAUAUCCUGCCUGAUAGAUUUUUGACACUUGUUAUUUCAGUUAUUCAGUGUUUGAAAUUCAUUGUGACUAAUUGCAUAAAUCACAAGUCUCUGCGUGAAAUUUGGUAAUCAAAACAUUUAACAACAGCAGAAAAGCAAAUGCCUACUGGCAGUUUCUGGGUGAGCUCCUGUUUGUGAGAUGCUCUGCACUGGUCAACACCCACUAACUGGGGAGUUGUUAUUCAUUAACAUAAAUUUUGGAAAACAGCUGAUGUGUUUUCCUCUCUACAUGGUAAAUUUAGGAAUCCCAGUAAAACUUCUGAGUUGUUUCACCAGAUUAAUGUAUGUGUGAUGUGGUUUGCUAAUAGAAUGUAUCUGCUACUGUGGGGUUUGGGGGUUGUGUUGGUAUGAAAAGGUUUUUGGUGCUAAUAAUUAAAUAUUUAAAGUAGUUCCUUUGUAAGAAGUUGGUUUAAUAAGAACAAAGAACAUUUAUAUAUAAAUCUCCUUAUGGGAUCUUGAAUAGAAGGGUCAAUAUAGGUCAGAGGUCUCACAUUGCCAUUUAUCCACAAUGAGUAUUAUCUUUGAUUUCACAAUAUUAUCUUUUAUUUCACAGGUUAUUUUAUGUUUCUAUAUUACUGCUUCCCUGCUGAAUAGGAAUCAUAACUAAUGACACAUAUAGGGAGGACAGUGGCCCUUAAAUGAGGGCCUUUUAAAGGCCAUUUAGUCCAGAAGUUAAGACUUUUUACAUCUGCCACCACUGUAUGUUAAAGGAUUUAUUCCCUGCCCUUCAUUCUAGGCAUGUUUAUCUGCCAGUGGGACUGUGCAUGUAGGAGUUAAAAACACAGGAGACAGCCCUACAGCCCUUUGCAUUUUACUCUUUAUCUGAAACUUUCUUAUCAUUUCUGGAUGUACUUCUCCUUCAAGUCUGAAGCUCUUCACACAGGAGCAGUUCUGCUCAUGGUGUUUUUUACUGACCUGUCAAGGCCUGAUACCCACCCUGUGGCCAGCAGCUCCAAGGCCUUCUCGCGCCCACAGCAGGUGCUGGCCCAGCCAAACACCUCUCCUGGGCUGGUUUGGGACAUUUGCACUCUCCCUGCUUCUCUUGCCUCUUAAAAUAAUGUCUGGCUGGAAAAAAAACACAACGAACUGGGAGUACUUACCAGCUUUUUAACACUGUUUCCAAAUGCUGUUUGAUGUGAUCUUUUUUGCCACUAUUGGUGUUUGUUUAACUUGGAGACAGACAAAAUAUUUAUAGAUUGGUGUCAGUGUGGACUUUUAGCACAGGUUGUAUGACACAUAGCAAUGUUAAGUCCAAGUCUUCUCACUUUUCAGUAUCUCUGUGUAUAUUUGCAAACUAAAUGUAAAUAUUUGCUUUUUCAGGAGGAGAGGUGGGGGUAGUUGUACAGUAGAAACAAUGUAAAGAUAGCAAAAUAGCAGCUUGCUUCAGUUUGAACUUUUGCAGAAACACUUUAACAAUGAUGCCUGGUGCUACCAUCCUUUAUUAAAAAUAGUGAGGAAGGAAUUUAAACUUAAACUUAUGUAUAAAUACACAUAUAAAAAGUAAGAAAUACAAAUGCAUAUGCUUGUGGACUAAUGGAAAUUGCUAAUAGGUCUGAUGGAACUUAGAAAACUGUUACCUUUAUGACUUUUGUACCUGCCACUUUGUAAAAUAAUAGGUUUCUACUGAAAGCAUCAUUAAAACUCAGAUUUUUAUGUAUACAAUCUUUGUGUUCUCUUUCAGGUCUUGAAUCAUCUCGGCCAAAUUUAAUCCUUGGGUUGGUUAUCUGUCAGAAAGGGAAACGUCCUGCCACUGAGACAGAAAAAAUGGAGGAGAAGCGAAGCAGAAUUCAAGCACAUGAGGAAACUGAACCAUCCCUGUUCUCUAAAGGGCUUCCAGCUUCACAAGAGAAGAAAACUCCAAAAUACACACUUUAUUCAGGAGACUCCACCAUGAGUACAACACCACCUGGAUCUCCUCCUCCACCUCCACCCCCACUUCCCGUUCCAGACACCUCGGCAGUGACUCCUUCAGUACUGAAAAUACUGUCCUCCAUUAAAAGUGGCCCCGCAACUACUGUGACCCCACCCACUUCAACAGCUGCUCCUGCAAGCAGCACUGCCACGCACUCCUCAUCCUCCAAAACCGCCACGCCUCUUGAGCACAUCCUGCAGACCCUCUUUGGGAAAAAGAAAACUUUUGAGCCUCUUGCCAAGGAUUCUGGAACUGUUCAGUCUUCCAGUCAGGAAAGUCAAGCUGCGGCAGACAGCGGGGUGUCAGCGGUUCCUCUGUUAGAUCCCAUUGUGCAGCAGUUCGGGCAGAUGUCCAAGGACAAAGCCAUAGAAGAGGAGGAGGAUGACAGACCUUAUGAUCCUGAGGAAGAAUAUGGUCCAGAGAAAGCCUUUGAAACGCAGACUGGUGAGAGUGACAAACGCUACAGUGUGGAAAAGCCAUCUACUACAGCAGAACUAGAGGAUGAGGCCUACGAUCCAGAGGAUGAAACUAUCUUGGAAGAAGCAAAAGUUACUGUUGAUGAUUUACCCAACAAAAUGUACACAGACAGUAAAAGCAGUUCUUCAGAAGCGUCUGCUUCAUUUGUGUCUGAUUUAUCUGCAUCCUCCUCCUUGGUAGAGCAGCAAAAAAUGUUGGAAGAAUUAAACAAACAAAUAGAAGAACAGAAAAGGCAGCUAGAGGAACAAGAAGAAGCCCUCAGACAACAAAGAGCAGCUGUUGGUGUUUCAAUGGCUCACUUUUCAGUGUCUGAUGCUUUAAUGUCACCUCCACCAGCAAAAGCUUCCCUAAUGAAGCCUGAAUUAUUCCAUCAGGACCAGCAAGCUACACAAAAAGUAGAUUUACCUUCAUCUUUAAAUCAGCAAGCACAAGUUUUAAACCAGGGCUGUGACCCGAGGCAGAACAGAGAUCCUCGACAGGCUCGAAGGAUGGUGACAGAGAAUGACAGUGCUGAUUCUCGAAUAAAGCCGCAGGUAGUACAGAAUGAGAUAUCCACAAGAGAAAUCACUCCAGCAAGUUUUCCAAAUGCUCUGCAGACUUCACUUGGUAAGGAAGAUAAUGCUUUAAUUGCCACCACUCAGCCUGGUUUUACUGCUGAUAAUUGGGUUUCAAGUGAACAGACAUCUACAAUGCCCCAGAAAGAGACAUCUAACAGCAAAUUUGAACACACCAUUCAAGUUACUUUGGAAAACUUGAGUCACACAGCUUCUGGAGAUCCUUCUGCUUCCAAACCUAUACGUAAAGUGCUGCUUCCAACCCCACCAAGUACAUCCUUUCAGCCUAAUUUCUCCACAUCUAACGACAGCCCAUCUUUGCAAGAUAUGCACCAAGUGUCAUGGUCAAAUGAGUCAAAGGAAGCAAUGGGAAGGGAUUCCUUUUCAAAUACAAUGUUUCCUCAGCAGGAAAAGGCAGCUGGACACUUUGAACCAGAGAUGGGCCUUUCAUCAGUGCAAUACGAUGAACAAAGAAAUCCUCAGUCUCAUCAGUUUGUAGAACAAACUGAAUCCGCACCAGCUCAGGGUGAGGGUGGACCUCCCCCACAGCACUUUGAGGAAAAUCGAGCGUUUUCUAUGUCUGGGCAGAAAGGGGGACCUCCAAUGAUGCUCGGUGCACCUGGAGGACCUCAUGGACCUAAUUUUAGAGGGCCAGCACCACAGUUCUCUGAAGAGCACGGUUUUCCAAAUAAUGAUGGGCAAAGAGGACCUCAGUCCGGAAGAUAUGGAGGUCAAAAGGGUCCCAUUCCUUCCUUAUUUUCUGCACAGCAUGGACCACCUAUUUUUGGUGAUAAUAGGGGCCCUGCUCCUUCUUAUCAUGGUGGUCCAAGAGGAAUGUCACCACCUCAUUUUGAAGAUCAUAGGGACCCUCACAUGGAACAAAUGGAAUUCUCAGAUUCCCAAUAUGAUGAAAUGAUGGGGCCUCCAGGACAGUUUGAAGGACCAGAUUCCCCCCAGUUUAUGGGAAACAGAGGACCUUCGCCUUUUCCUUUUGGAGGUCAAAGACGACCCCCGCCAGGUCAGUUUAAAGGACAGAGAGGAGGCCCUCAGUUUGGAGGGCCAAGAGGUCCAGCCCCGGGUCAUUUUGGGGGACCAAGAGGACCUCAUCCAAAUCAGUUUGAAGGGCAGAGAGGUCCAGCUCCAAAUCAUAUGCCUGGCCCAAGGGGACUUUUGCCACAGCCAUAUGAAGAACGGAGAGGGAGCCCACCACCCAGAUUUUCCAACCAGAGAGGUCCAGGACCACAUCAGUUUGGAGGACCAAGAGGAGGCACACCUCCAAUGUUUCCAGAAGAAGAUGAACCUCCUUCUAGAUUUCAUUACCAGGGUCAGUCACCACAAGGUAUGAAACCACCCCCAAGACCACUCCUGGACCUUCCAAGUCAUCCACCAACUCACAGAAAGGAGAUGUGGGAGGAAGGUGGACCAUCUGCAUCUCUUUCCAAUAUGUCUGGACAAGGACCUGAGUCAGAAGGACAGUGGCCCACAUCUGACUUCCGAGAAGGCAAAAAUCCUGACUAUAGAGGCCAGACAUUUGAAGGGAGGCAGAGAGAGAGAUAUGAGGGAGGAAAUAAAGAUAAGGGUUUGGAUCAGCCAGAGCUUCAACAAGCAGAUAAUCGCCAAGGUAGAGGCUUUGAGGAAAGACGAAGGGAUCGAGAACACGGCAGACCUUGGGAAAGAGACCGUGGCAGAAACUGGAGCAGAGACAGGGACUGGGAGAGACACAGAGAGAAGGAAUGGGAUAAAAAUAGAGAUAGGAGCCAAAACAAAGAUAGAGACAAGGAUUCAGAGCGGGGUAAGGACUGGGAAAGAAGCAGAGACCGAGAUAGGACAAGAAACAGAGAGAGGGACUCUUACAGAAGACGUGAUAGAGAGCGAUCAAGAAGCAGAGACAGGGAUCGCGACAGAGACAAAGACAGGGACCGGGAUCGGAGCCGGGAAAAGGAAAGGGAUCGAGACAGAGAUCGAGAUCGUGACAGGGAAAGAGGGAAAGAUCGCAAAGAUAGGAGUAAGAGUAAGGAAACUGGUAAAGAGACUAAGCCAGAAACACCGAAGGAAACUCAGAAACCAGUGGAAACUGAAGCUUCAUCUUCCAGCAAUCAGUCAUAGAACUGUGAUUGAUACUUCCCACAAAUAAUACACUUUGGCAACACAGCAAGGACUGCACAUCUGUAAAUACUGUACAUAUCCUCACCUUUUAAAAACUUCUGUUGUAAAACUAGCCUUACCCGAUGUACUGACAAAUAAGCAAUUUUUGAACAACUGUGAAUGAAAAUAAUCAGAUAGAUGAAAAGCAAGAACAUACUGGACUUUCACUUGCUGCAUUUUGUGCAUAAUGUUUUUCUUAUGAAGAUUCACAACGUUACCUGUAUUGAAAUUUUGUUUUUUUUCUACUUGCAUCUUUAUCUUAAAGUUUCCAUUUACAGUACAGAAAUGGAAAAAGUCUAAGAAGAGCAUAUUGCUUUUUAAGAUUAUAAAGUUAUGUUUUCCAGUAACUUGAAUUGUAAUUUUAUAGGAGAAUUUAAUCCAGACCUGAGGAGCCAUACCUUUGCAUCUCAUUUACGUGAUAUUUUGGUGUCAAAAUUGUUCCUACAGCACACACUAAAAAUGUUGGUGUCCUGUCAUGUUUCUUUUACAAUGGAAGGGUCAUGUGUUUAGGAAAAAGCUGCAAAAGAACAGUGUUAAUAAUUACUUGUGACUGAUGGAGGAUUUGAAAAUGGAAUGUUAUAAGCUUAAAGUGCACUAUCUUCCUUUUAUAUACAUGUAUUUUGGGUCUGGAAUCCAUCUGUUAAGUGUACAGCAAAGAAACAAGUCAUACUUAGUUAUUUUUCUUGAGGUUUUAAAUAUCCCAUGUUUACAAACCUGUCAUUAAAGAAAUUACAAGAGCAGCACCUUUAUAACCAGCAAAACUUAUAAAAGCAUCAGACAUUUCUUUUGAAAAGUGGUAAACCAAAGGAAGAGAGAGCAUUUGGUUAAAUAGGCCACUAAAUCUGUUACUUCAAUUGGACUGAUUUAGUGGAGCAUUUUUUGGUUUUGUUUAGGUUUUGCAAAAUUUUUCCACAGAUUUAAGAAAUGUCCCAAUUUGAUUGAACUUUUCAUUAUAGAAGUGCUCUUUCAUUCUAAAAGGGCUCUUGAAAAAUAAAUGAUCCUGCUCUUUUGUUAGGCCCUACUUAGGCUGGCAGUGUAUAUAAAACUCUCCACUGAAAAAGACACGCUGCAUUGAAGUUUAAAUUAUGGUGGUACAUCAUGUUGUGAUUGAAGAGGGACAUUUUUCAUGGUGAAAUACAUCACAUUGCUACUUCCCAUGUAGUCCUCAAGCACGUAAUUCUAAAGCUGAAAUCAAACCCCACUAGUUUAUUUGAAUGUGUAAAUUGACCGCUGGGUAAAUAUUUUGGUAUUUUGCUAAGAUAGAUUUGGAAAUGUAAAAUUAGAUUCCUGUAAACAUUUUGCAUCUUGAGGACUAUAUUACAGGUAGCAUGUGUGUCACCACAGUCACAUUGGUGCGUCCUUGAGGUCCUUGUACAUCCAGGAUUUGCUGGCUGAAAUGAUCAUCUGUGUCCUGAACCUGAGGGAAAACGGUAACAUGCAAAGAAAUUGUAUUAAAUGCAAACAUCAACUACGGUGUAAGAUUUUUUUUUUCUUAAUGAGAUGUUUCUAAUUUAAAGACAUACAUAAAAGUAUGCAAAACGUGUGUUUGUUUAGGUUUACUUGAUAGAAAAUUCUGUAAAUUGUAUUUUAUAUGGCAAAAUAUAUCACUGUACAUUUAAAUACGGGACUUCACAGGUUUUUGUUACUGUAAGUAGAAUAAACACCUACAGAGAGCUGUUGUCCAUUUCAUAAAUGUGUCUGUGUA